CUCAGCGAGACAAAUUUCGAAACUUUGUGCCUCUACUUUCCUUUACCAAUCAGUCAACUUGAGAUCCCCGCAAUAAGCGUACUUAAAGCAGUUCUCAGCUGCUUGCCUAACUGUGUGCUAUUGUGAAAUCAUUUGCAGAGGGUCCUACUAAAUUUAGAAAAUAUGAUGUUACCGAGGCCUACAUGUUUAUGUUUGACGAUUAGCGCUCUACUUCUUGCCGGUUAUAUGUCAACAGUUAGUGGAAACUCACUUGAAGAUCUAACAACACAACCGCCGAAUACGUUGAACGAUGAGAUAAAUCAAUCACAUACCGCUGUAGCACAAAAUGAAAUACUUCUUAAGUCAAAAGAUGGAAAGAUUUCUGCUAAUAUUAUUUCCAAUACUAGAGUUGUGAUAAAUGGGACGGAUGAUUUAACUGUCAUAAAUGCGGCUAAUGUAGACACGAUGCCAACUGACACGAAACCAACUCCCACUUUCACAGCAGCUAAUUACGCCAGUAAUGGUGAUUCUUCAGAAACGAGCUAUUCUAGCGUUAGUGAUUCUUCAGAAUUGAGUUAUUCUAGCGUUAGUGAUUCUUCAGAAUUGAGUUAUUCUAGCGUUAGUGAUUCUUCAGAUUCUUCUUCAAGUUACUGAGAAAUUGCAAAGAAAUAUACUAACAAACAUAGUUCGCGAGAGCUGCGAGACGAUACCGCGUGCAAACAACUGUUGUAAAUAAAUAAAUUUAGCAGAAAC